AUGGCCCCCGACGAACCCUCUGCAUCACUUAAAAAAAGUAAAGUACAACACCAUUCGUCAGACCAACCUUCACAUGCACAUUCUCCACGCAUAUUCCAACCUUUUCGUGCUCUCGGAUACGUGACCAAUGAACUUCCUUUUUCACUACAAGUGAGAGGAAAAGUCUAUUUUCUCACUACUUGCAUAGGAAAUACUUUCCAGAUCUACGAUUGCGUCAAAUUGAACUUGCUGUUCGUAGGUUCCCGGACAGAGACUCCUAUUACUGCCAUAGCUGCCAGUGGAGAUUAUACCUUUGCCGCAUGCAAUAAGAAUAUAAUCGUAUAUGAAAGAGCAAAAGAAAUCAGACGAAUAUUGGGGGAUGGCGGUGAUAUUUUCUCAUUGACUAUACUUUCUAACUAUCUAAUUGCAUCCAGAGAUGAUAACUCAAUUGCAAUAUGGGAUUUUACAACAGCUGAAAAGGUUACCGAGAUUAAAUUGGACCCUGGCUUUCAAUUGGCCGUUCUCAUUCACCCUAGCACAUAUUUAAAUAAGAUACUGGUUGGAAGUACAAACGGAGUUAUGCAAAUAUGGAACUUUCGCACAAAGAAGCUGGUUUACACAUUUUCUCCAUUCUCCUCUCCAAUUACUACUUUAGCCCAGUCACCUGUAGUUGACGUAAUUGCCGUGGGAUUACUAGACGGAUCUAUAAUUAUAUACAAUAUCAAAGCGGAUGAACAAGUACUAUCGUUUAAGCAGGAAGGGACUGUGACCUCAAUUUCUUUUAGGACAGAUGAUCAGCAUGUCAUGGCAUCCGCUAAUAUGAGUGGAGAUAUUACUCUUUGGGACCUGGAUAAGAGGAAAUUGCACCACCUAAUGAAAGGGGCGCAUGACGGCAUGAUACCUUCAAUACAGUUCUUCAAUGGGCAACCAAUACUAAUAACGUCUGGUACAGAUAACGCGAUUAAGGAAUGGAUAUUUGAUAGUGCCGAUGGAGUGCCACGUUUAUUAAGGUCACGAAGCGGCCAUCAUUUACCACCAACUACGAUUCAAUACUAUGGACAGGACGGGCAAUGGAUUUUAAGUGGAGCUGGUGAUAGAUCACUCAGGGCGUUCUCAGUGAUCAGAGAUUCUCAGAGUGUUGAACUCUCGCAAGGAUCCGUGGCAAAGAAGUCGAAGCAUUUGAAUUUGAAAAUUGAAGAAUUAAAAUUACCUCCGAUCACGCAGUGCGCUGCAUCUGAAGCCAAGCAAAAGGAAUGGGAUAACAUCCUCACGUGUCAUCUAAAUGACAAUGGAGCGCGUACUUGGUCAUUCCAGAACAAAGUAAUUGGAAAACAUGUCCUUAAAACAGGUGAUGGGACUUCAGUGAAGUCUGUACAUAUAAGUGCUUGUGGAAAUUUUGGGUUUGUUGGGUCACUAGGCGGUCAAAUUGACUUGUACAACAUGCAGUCUGGAUUACAUCGAAAAUCGUUUGCUGGAACAGAUAGACAUACGAAGGCUGUGACCGGAAUAGGAAGCGACUCUCUUAACAGGAUAAUAAUAAGUUCAUCGCUUGAUGGCACAGUCAAGCUUUGGGAUUUCCACACGUCUAAAGUCCUUCAUACUAUAAACGUUGAUUCACCAAUAAUCAUUCUUCAAUUUCGAGUCGAAAGCGAAUUAUUGGCCAUUGUCAGCGAUGAUAUGUGCAUAAGAGUUAUUGACAUAGAAACGCGAAAGAUUGUCCGAGAAUUUUGGGGACAUAGAAACCGCGUUACCGAUAUCAGUUUCAGUCCAGAUGGUCGUUGGAUAGUAUCUGCCUCAUUGGAUGCGACUAUCCGUACAUGGGAUUUGCCAUCGGGACAUAUGAUUGAUGUGUUUGAGGUAGAGAAUGUGACAACAAGUCUAACAUUUUCCCCGACUGGAGAUUUCUUGGCGACUACACAUGUAGACAAUGUUGGAAUAUUUCUAUGGGCGAAUCGUACACAGUUUGCUAACAUAACUUUACGGAGCGUGUCGGACGAGGAAAUACGUCCCGUCGAACUUCCAACUACAUCUGGGAUUGAUAGUGACGUCGAAGACAAUUUAUUUGUAAUUGAAAAUGGGCAGAUGGAUAGUACCUUUUUUGAGACACCAGAUCAAUUGACAGAUCAAAUGAUUACAAUGUCCAAGCUCCCCAAGACGAAAUGGCAGAAUUUGUUGAAUUUGGAAACUAUUAAAGCACGCAAUAAACCAAAAGAACCACCAAAGGCACCCGAGAAAACUCCAUUUUUCUUACCCACUUUGCCAGGAGUAGAUCAUAAAUUUGUACCCGUAUCCAAGGAAACCAAUAACGAAGAAAAAUUGAAGUCUGAUUCUAGAGUACUACACUUGAGUGAUAUACGCCUGGAGACCGAAUUUGUUAAGAAGAUGAAAGUGGCAUAUGAGACUAAAGAUUACGGGGAUUUCUUCGACUACGUGAAAACCUUAAACCCGGCGAAUAUUGACUUUGAGCUGCGUUCGUUGUCAAUGGAAGAUGACUUUGCUGACUUGCGAAUGUUCUUGGAGGCGAUACAAUCGCGUUUAAAAACCAAAAAAGAUUUCGAAUUGGUACAAUCAUACUUGAACCACUUCCUCAAGAUUCAUGGCGAUGUUGUUAUUGCCAACUUUAGUGUAUUGGGAGAUCCAAUACGGGCUAUUUUGACAGAACAUAAGAAAGAAUGGCAUCGAAUAGAAGAAUUAUUACAUUAUAAUUUGUGUCUUUUGGACUUCUUUAGAAAAUAG